GCCACAUAUUGACGCUGGCACAGUGCUUUAUAUCCUCUGCUGUAUGCAGAAGGAAAUCAGCGUCGUAACCGUUCCUCGAGAUGGCUCUCUCAUUCUCCGCAGAGUUCGACCAACUCAUAGCUGCGGCGACUGCACACAUCCCCCCGAACGCGGACGACGACGAUGACUAUAGCCUGCGGGGACUCUCUGAAGUGCUUUCCCGCGCUUCGCGGCAGAUGUACAGGGAAAACAACCUGUAUGCCGACCCAGCACGAGUCGCUUUGUCCUCUUGCCAUGAUCUCCUCUCGAGCUCCGAAGACGCUGCACGUAUCAUGAAGGAAGUGCACCGUACAAAGACGUAUAAAACAAUAUUCGACCACUCUGUCUUUCUUCCCGAGAUUCUCAGGCAACCACGCACUGCUGUCGGUACGAGCGAUGCCAUCACUGCCGAAAUCGAGAGCGUCCUGCACGACUCACGUGCGAGAAUGCAAGCCAUCGCGGAUGGCUCUCGCACAUACGAGACGUGGCAGCCACUUACCGGAGACCCUGCACACGCGGCCCAUGUUGCUUCCCUCAAAAUUCCUGAAAACCAAGGUCUGCCCAUGUUGGUGUUACACGACAUCGGGCGCAUGAUAAAUGAAGACGUCCUGCGCCAGCGUUUGUCCAAGAUAUUCGAUAGCGAGCAUGACACCUUCUUCGUCAACACGUCUGGCUCCGGCAAGACUAGGCUCCUCUACGAAGGAUUAGCUCAUAAUUGGGGUCUAUAUUUGACCGCCAAAGUUGAUUCGAGUUAUCUGGGCAGCACCAGCGUCGACUAUGUUACCGCCAGAAGCCUCCUACUUCAGCCAGACGGACUGACGGUCAUACCACACCCCACAGCGCCCAAUUACACGGCUGUGUUCGUCAUGCGCGAAUUCCUACGCCUCGUCGACGAGCACGAUCUUCAGCACGUGCAUAAGGCCCGCUGGCUUCAGUGUCAACUCCAAUCCGUGACUCUGGGGCGCGAACACUCGGAUCCUUUCCGGGCUAUCACCGCCGUGCUCAUCAAAGCCUCUUCCGAGUACAUUGAACAUGCGCUCGAGCAGGUACUGGGCGACAUUCGUCGACGCCUCGGUAAUGCGCACCUCUUCGUUGCAUUAGACGAAUCUCAGGCGCUUGGGAAUGACGACGGCCCAGAUAAAUCGAAGUAUGGGCUUCCGAGAGCAGACGCUCCAGCAUACCUACGGCGGCUGAUACUGGCGUGGCGCGGCCGUCCUGGAGUGUCACUCAUCGUGACCGGUACAGAGCUUCCCAAGGAGAUCUGGGAUGUUGAGCCGCUGGAGAUGGAAUACGGGAAGUACCGCUGGUGCUCCGCUACGGGCGCAUUCGACUCCAAGGACUCAAAUCGGUGCUAUCUUCUUCGCUACCUCCCUUCGGCUUUCGUUCGGACAAGGAGCGGACAGAAGCUUAUACGCCGUCUGGGAUUCUGGCUCCGUGGGAGGCAUCGACUGACAGCCUCAUACAUCGCGGUGUAUAUCCGCUUCGGAACGAAGCAGCCGCACCAAUCCUUGAACGACUAUGUCCAUAAUGGCACCGGCUACCUGCCUCAUGACGCGGACGAUCUCAGUGUCGCCGAGGGACCGCGAUAUGAAACUGCCAAACGGAUCCUCCGACGCCACUCGCUAUACAGCAUGCGACAUCCUUUGAUCAAAUCAACCGUCCACCGUUCAUUAUUCAGUAUCUUCGUUCACCCAUCAUCAGUCUGCAGAUAUGAUUACCGCCACGUAUGCGUCGUCACGGAGGCAUUGGGUCGUUUUGUCGAUGACGAUGCUUGCCAUAUUGCCAUCGACGAGCCCUAUCUUCUCGUAACCUGCGCACAUUGGUUCAGAACAUCCGCCACCGAUUUCCUGGACCUUGAUUAUCUUCGCCUUCGCCUUCUGACAGACCAUCCAAGGCAUGUCGCCGAGUUUCGCUCCGAGGUAUUGGCAUACCUACUCGCCCGCAAGUUCGAGAACAAGAUAGCGCUCAGAGACGUCUUCGACUUCGUAGGUACUCCUCCGUCGUGGGCGAACGCGCGUACUGCGAACCUUCUACUCCUCCACAACACCUCGAAGGGCAGGACCUGCGCUCGCGUUUAUCAUUUCACUAGGGAAUCCUCCGGGACGACGUCCACCUUAGUGACCACUGCGGCGACGAGUGCAGAGCUCGACAACUGGCUCGCUCACGCCGAUGCCACCCCGUUCUGCAUUCUACACCGGUCUUCGAGUAUCUCACUGUUGUUCACGCUGAGGCUCUCAGUCGACAACAAGAAUGUUUGGGUCGUACUGGAUAGCGAUCCUGCCUUUGACGAGCUAUCCGUCGCCGAUAUCGGCCAGAGGAUUGCAAGGCAUAAUCCCCUUGUCAACUUUGAUUCCGAGCAGCUGGACAAGAUGCGUAACAUCCCAGAUCCUUCUAAGCACGCUGGCAAUCCACCGUUCUUCUUCGCCUUCGCCUCCACAAUUACCGCCCCCCAGGCUGACGACGCCGCGGGCCAUGCGGUGGCCGCUGUGAACGUGGCGGAUUUGCGGAGCAAUGUGCACUGGCAUGCAUCAUCGGAGGACCUCGAACAGUCUUUAUUGCGCUUCAUCCUGCCCGAUACGACGGAGUCCUCCCAUCCCUCCGCGAAAAGGUCGAUGGUAGAGGGCUCCAACGUGCGGACAUCGAAGCGGCGCUCGACCACGCAACCCACAGUCCGCACGCUACGUCCCACUACGGUGCAGCAACGGCGCUCAGUCAAUGGACGAUGACGGGAAGCAUAUCUAGUAGGGAACACAGCACACGUAGCGCCGUCGCAGAGUCCUAGGCCUCAUGCCAGUGCCGUCACCUUCGGACUAAAAGCGUCGGCGCGUCUCCAUGAAAGCGAGUCAACGACACGCGACCGCUGGGCAUAUCGCCGAUGGACUCAACAUCGAUGGGUGCGCGGGGGGGAGGGUAUAGAGCAUAGAUAGACCAGCGCACAUAUAGCCGGGAAUGGAAGAGACCGAGUCCUGCGGCUGUCUCGAUCCACCUCCACGCAUCGAAUAGCUAAUUUGACUCACGGGAAGCUCUGCGGCUUGCGAGCCCAGGCAGUGGAUGUACAAACAAUGCUGCCUUCACUCCAUCCGCGUUAGGGACGCGUAGCGGAAAUAACGUGAAGGGAAUUACACGCAGGACGUGGACCGAUC